AAUUAAGAUCUAGUAAUUUAUUAAGAAGGUAAAAAGAUGCCACCGAAGAAAGAUGCGUUUGCCGAUUUAUUUCUGAGUGCUUCCGGGACAAAACUGAAGAAAGAUCAGCCUAUGAAUGGGAUUUCUGUACACAGAUCGACUGGAAAUAAUGCCUUUUCAGGCAUGGAUAUUCUUAGUGGGUCCUCAACCCCUACGGGAUCUCUUGGAUCAAUGAGUUCUAAUAAUGGUGGCUCAUUGACCGCGUUAAGUAAUGGCUCUCUGACUUUAGUUCCACAGGCACUGGGUGUGAGUGGUGUAGGUUCCAAUGGGGUUCUUCAACCAAAGAGUAGUAAUGGCCUGUCAGCAACAAGUAUUAACCGUCCAAAUAGUGCAACACAAUCACGUUCCAAUACUCCAAUUUCUACUUCAGUGGGGGAUCCAUGGGAUAUAUUUGGAUCAUCAGCUCCAGCUAAAGCUCCAACUUCAAAACCGACUACUUCAUCAUCCAAUAACGGCUCUAUUAACCUUCUAGAUGAUGAAUUCACUGAUGCAUUUACUGAGGAGAUUCCUCCAAGGCCUUCUUCUGUACAACCAACAAGAAUAAAAGAUGAUAAAUCUUCGGUACCAAUCACCUCAUCGUCUUCAUCAUCCUCAAGAUCUUCUUCCUCAAAUGUUUCAUCAACUACUUCACAAAAGGACCAUGUAUUGGCAGAACUUAUGGAAAUAGGAUUCCCCAUUGAAAUUGCCAGGAGGGCAAUUGAAUCCGUAGGUUCAGAUGUACAACGAUGUGUCAACUUCAUUAUGGAAGGUUCUCUGCCUUCUAGUGAAAGAAAACCUUCGCCUACACAUCAACAACCACAAGAUCUUAAUUCCAAGAUUAACGAUCUUUCUGCCGAUCUUUUUUCAAAGGCAUCAUUUUUCAUUAACAAGUCGAAAAAGACUGUACUAAAAAAUAUAGAACAAUUCCAGCAACCAAAAGGAGACUCUUCGCGUCCAACAUGGAUGAGAAAUCAACCAAAAUAUGAAAGUUGGUUGCCAGAAGGUGUAGCUGAAGGUUCCACUACUCCUGAAGAAACUUUAGGUAAAUUACAGAGAGAAAGGCCCAGAGAAUCAAAGUAUAGUGAUGAUAAUAAUGAUCAGAAUAUUGGAGAGAGAAAACAAAAACCUCCCGUAGCUAGAAGACAGGAAGUUCCAAUAAUUGGAAGACCUUCAAAUUCUCGGCCAUCUUCUCAAUCUCAAUCACCUUCUUUGCAGUCUUCGCCCAUGCGUCCACCGUCAAGUAAAAGUGUUACACCUGUACAACAGAAAGCAAGAGUCGCAUCUCCAGUUCCUGCUGAACCUAUUGCUAAAAAAUCUCCGGUGCCACCUUCAUCUGAUUUUGAUCUACUUGGACUUAACCAAAAGGAAUCUCAAUCUCUUGAUCAAUUCUUACAAACAGAUUAUGACAAACACAAGUCAUUGGCCACGAACUCUUUCACUAAAGGAGAUUAUGAUCUUGCAUUCACUAAUUACAAGAAAUGUUUGGAAAUUUUGCCUGAUACUUUUGACUUAAAGAUCGUAAUACUAAGCAACUUGGCACUUACAUGUAUUAAGAUCGGCAAUUAUAAACAGGCAAGAUUAUAUAGUGAGGAUGGGCUUUCUAAGAUUCCUAAAGAUAAAUUAAAUGAUGCUAGCUGGAUAGUACAUGAAAAAUCCAUCAAAUCUUGGUAUAUUAAACUUUUACUGAGAAAAGCUGAAAGUUUGGAACAAUUAGAAUUAUUUUCAGAGUCGCUCGAAUCAUAUCAGACUUUAAUCAAAAUGGGAGUAAAUGAUAAAAAGGUUAUGGACGCUAAAAGAAGAGUUGAUGGUAUUGUGAAUCCUAAAAAGGCUCCACCUCCUGCGCCAGUCAAGAAGGUCCCAACCAAACCAAACUCUGCAUCAACUGCAUCUGCGAUUGCAUCCAAAAAGGUCAGAGAACAAUUUGAUAAACAACGUGAAGAAGAUGAUGCAAAGUUCAAGCUUCAUGACCAAAUCCAAGCCAAACUAUCAACAUGGAGUGCUGGUAAAGAAGAUAACCUCCGAACUUUAUUGGUUGGGCUCCCAGAUGUCAUUCCAUCACAUUUACCAUUUCCAUUUUUGACCAAGAAAAUCACCAUUAAUGAUAUUAUGUUACCAAAGAAGGUUAAAAUCAACUAUAUGAAGGUGAUUAGUGCUAUCCAUCCCGAUAAGUUGGGUAAAUUGGAACUUCAAGAACGAAUGAUCUGUCAAGGUGUUUUUGUAGUUUUGAAUAAAGCAUGGGAUUCCUUCAAGGAAAAUGAACUUUCUUGAAAAAUAUACAUCUUAUUUGAAUUCAUGUUUAUUAUAAUCUAUUGUAGUAUUGAACUAAGUAUAUGGUUCAUUUAGUUGCAAAUAAAUAAAACAAAUGCAAUUGAAAAUCUCAAAAAAAAGAAAUCUCCGAUACCGG